AUGGCUCAGCUUUCUAGGCAUGUUUUAUGUGUUUUGCUAAACUGGGCUAAUGUGGUCUUAUGUUUGGCAGAUGACAGCCACUGUGAUGAGGAGGCUGACCAGACCAUUCCACAGUCAGAGUCACCUCUGCAUAAAGAUGCUGACACUCAGUGGGAGGUGCAGGCACUGAUGGAUCACCCCUACACAUUAGGAGGAAAGAUGAAGGAUGUAUGCGACAGAGAAACACAAUGUGGUGGAGAAGUACCCCUUGCCCAUGCCAUCCUGAAGAAUGACACUAGCUGUGUGUUGUACACAGGCCUUUCUCUCAAUGUAUUUUUUGAUCAUGUUAAAUAUCUGGAACAGUUCUAUAAAGCAAACUUUAAGAUGCACGAAAUGGAUCAAAUAUUGAUGACCAUGAUGAAACUCAAGUUGAAUCUACUCCAGGGUGAUCUUGCAGAACGCUUUGCUGUGUCCCAGGGGUUAGUGAGCAGGAUCCUCUCCUACUGGAUAGACACAAUGGAGGAGCACAUGAGAAUCUACAUUCCUUGGCCGCCACGGGAGACAAUCCGGAGCACAAUGCCUCAGUGCUUCAGGGAGAAGUUCCCCAACACCACCUGCAUCAUUGACUGCACUGAGACCAACCUGCAGAAACCACACAACCUUGACUCCAGAGGCGAGUCCUACAGCCAUUAUUAUUCCAGCAAUACUAUAAAGUAUUUAGUUGCUAUUGCCCCGUGUGGGCUUGUUAUGUUCAUUUCUCCUGCUUAUGGAGGCAGGUGUAGUGACAAGUUCAUCACUCAGGAGUCUGGCUUCCUGGAGUAUCUUCGUCCCGGUGAUGAAGUGAUGGCAGACAGAGGCUUUACCAUCAGAGAUCUGCUGUUUGAGAGAAGGGUUAACCUUGUUCUACCAGCGUUCACUCAUAAAGGAGGGCAGUUGUCUGAUGAGGAUGUAACUGCCACAAGGAGGAUUGCAAAUGUGCGCAUUCAUGUGGAAAGAGUUAUCAGGAGGCUCAAAGUGUUCAAAAUAAUCUCCCAGACUGUACCCAUCAACUUGGCACACAAAAUGGACAAAAUCCUCAGAAUCUGUGCGGCCCUUGUAAACAUGCAGGGGGGAAUCAUCCACGAGGAUGCUGAUUGAGCAUGGACGUAUAUUAUCCAUAAUAUUUGUAAAUAAUUAUUUGACAGCCUGCAGUGCCUUGAUUGUACUAUAAUUUUCACAUAUGAUUUGUCUUUAACAUUCUAUUUUUCAGAUAUCUCUAUUCUGCACUGCUGAUUAGUUAUUUUAUAGUAAAUUGUAAAAUGGAAUUAUGAUAUACAAGAAUGUGUUUUGGAUCUCAGGUUUUAUAAUAAAUAGUUUGUGUUUGACACCUUGAUGUUUUCAAUUUUCUAAUGACUUUUCACCUAUUGUAUAAUAUCAACUUAUUUUUAGACUAUUUAAUUGAUUACAGAUACAAAAACAUGAUAUUUAACUUGUCCAACUAAAAUGUGUAUUAUUACAAUUUUCUAUCUUUAUUAA